GCCAUUUUGUGGGAUUGAAUGACCCGCCGCCCGCCCGGCGGCCUCCGCUCGCGCCAUGUCCGCCGCCGCCGCCGCCGCCGCCGCCCCCCCGGCCCCCCCGGCCGGCCCCCCCGCCACGCCCCUCUCCCCCGCGCGGCUCUCGCGGCUGCAGGAGAAGGAGGAGCUGCGGCAGCUCAACGACCGCCUGGCCCACUACAUCGAGCGGGUGCGCGCCCUGGAGCUGGAAAACGACCGGCUGCUGCUGCGCGUCUCCGAGAAGGAGGAGGUGGUCACGCGCGAGGUGACGGGCAUCAAGGCGCUGUACGAGGCGGAGCUGGGCGACACCCGGCGGGCCCUGGACGAGACGGCCCGGGAACGGGCCAGGCUCCAGAUCGAGGCCGGGAAGCUGCGGGCCGAGUUCGAGGAGCUGCGGCGGAGCUAUAAAAAGAAGGACGGGGAGUGGUCCACCUCGCAGGGCCGCAUCAAGGAGCUGGAGGUGCUCUGCCACCGGAGCGAGGCGGAGCUCACGGCCACUCUGAGUGAGAAGCAGAGCCUGGAGGCUGAGCUGGCGGACACCCGGGCCCAGCUGGCAAAGUCGGAGGACGCCCACGCGGUGGCCAAGAAGCAGCUGGAGAAGGAGACCCUCCUGCGGGUGGACCUGGAGAACCGCUACCAGAGCCUGCAAGAGGAGCUGGACUUCAGGAAGAGCAUCUUCGAGGAGGAGGUCAGGGAGACGCAGAAGUGGAACGAGCGCCACCUGGUGGAGGUGGACAGCAGCUGCCAGAAGGAGUACGAGUCGAAGGUGGCCCAGGCCCUGGAGGAGCUGCGCAGGCAGCACGACCACCAGGUGCAGCUCUACAAGGUGGAGUUGGAGCAGACCUAUCAGGCCAAGCUGGAGAACGCCAAGCUCUGCUCGGAUCAGAAUGAACGGGCGGCCAGCGCCGCUCGGGAGGAGCUGAACGAGGCCCGCAUGCGGAUCGAAGCCCUCAGCUACCAGCUCUCGGGGCUGCAGAAGCAGGUGAGCACGGCGGAGGAGCGGAUGCGCGACCUGGAGGAGCUGAUGGCCGGGGAGCAGGAGAAACUGCGGAAGAUGCUGGACGCCAAAGAGCGGGAGAUGACGGACAUGCGGGAGCAGCUGCAGCAACAGCUGAUGGAGUACCAGGAGCUGCUGGACGUCAAGCUGGCUCUGGACAUGGAGAUCAGCGCCUACCGGAAGCUGCUGGAAGGGGAAGAGGAGAGGCUCAAGCUCUCCCCCAGCCCUCCGUCCCGCAUCACGGUCUCCCGGGCCACCUCCUCCAGCGCCUCGGGCGCCCGCUCUUUGCGGGGCAAGCGGAAGCGGGCGGAGGCCGAGGAGCUGCCCGGGCAGGUGCCCGGCGGGAUCGCCCGUGGAGGGGGCAGCGGUCUCCGGGUCAGCCAGCAGGCCUCGGCCAAGGGCAGCGUCAGCAUCGAGGGGGCAGACCCCGAGGGGAAGUUUGUUCAGCUGAAGAACCAUUCUGACAAGGACCAGUCGCUCGGGAACUGGAGGCUGAAGAGGAAGACUGGGGAGGGAGAGGAGAUUGCGUACAAGUUCACUCCCAAGUACGUUCUCCGGGCUGGGCAGACGGUGACGAUCUGGGCCUCUGAGGCUGGGGUGGCACACAGCCCCCCCUCGGUGCUGGUCUGGAAGAACCAGGGCAGCUGGGGUAGCGGGGACCACAUCCACACCUGCCUGGUCAACGCUGAGGGAGAGGAGGUGGCCGUGCGGAGCCUGACCCAGCUGGCAACGGGGCUGCAGGAAAACGGGGAGGAGGAGGAGGAGGAGGAGGCUGAGUUUGGGGAGGAAGAUCUCUUCCACCAGCAGGGGGACCCCAGGACCACCUCCAGAGGAUGCGCCCUCAUGUGAAAGGAAGAGCCCUUCACCUGCCCCCCCCGUCCCCCCCUCGCCCCCCCCCCGCUUCCCCUUUGGCCUGCAUUUCUGGGAAACUCUGGUUUAAGGCUCCUGUGGC